AUGAUGGACACCCACACAUACGACGACCAACAUCCUUCGUCGUCCUCUUCGAACGGCAACGGUGCGAUCGACGCCGGCUUCUUUGAGCGCGAGCGCAAUCGACUCAUUCAGGACAUUUCCAAGGGAGUGGAAUCGGUUCUGGGCAACAGCAACGUCCUCAACCGCAAGAUCGAAGAGUCCAUCUCGGUGGGCAAGGAGUUCCACCCGAUCAGCGAGCUGUGGAGCAAAUUCGAACGGAUCAUGGUGGCUUCUGGCAUCCCCGAUCUGUAUCCGCAGGCUCACACGUCCAAGGGGUCAGAGGGAAAUGCGGGGAUGGAGGACAAGGAGAAUGCACUGCAAGGAGCCGCCACGCCAGGGAAGAAGACCCCCACACAAGCCGGAGCUGCAGAAGGCGAGAACGGGGAGGGAAUCCGCUUCGAGCUCACCCAAACUGCCCUCCCGCCAGGAGUGGCCCCUGGAGGAGGUCGCAUCUACGCAUAA